AUGCCAUAUUAUCUCUGCGAUUCCCCGAACGCCAACCGAGCAGAGGAGGCUGACCAGCCCUCGCUCGCCGACGUGCGCGUGCCAGCCGCGAUCCCUCGCACCUCUAAGAGCGCCGCGAACAGGACGGCGGCCACCACCACCUCGUCAUCUCCCCCCACGUCCGCAUCAAACUCCGAGAAGCCGGCCACCCCGCACGACACGAUGAAGUCCACCUCCGCCCUCGUCACCGCGCUCCUCGUCUCGGCCGCCACCACCGCGCUCGCCGCACCCCAGUUCGCCUCUCCACCCGCACCGGCGUCGGACGAGCCGUCGACCGCGCCCUCGCCGAGCCAGGGCGGCCGCAUCAGUCUGCCGACGAGCACUACGGGCGACGGCGCGCACGUCGACCUCGGCGCGAACCUCCCGCCGCAGCUUAAAAAAGCCGGUUACUCAAAGCGCGGUGGAAUUCUCAACGUCGCGCACGGGAACGCCGCGAACUCGACGACGCCGGAGCUUGUGCCGGUGAAGAACUACCAGAAGGACAUCGAGCGGCUGCCGGUGGUUGGCGACAAGCCGCAGUAG